AAACAAAAACGUAUGUAAUAUUUAUGAAAAUGUAUUAACAAAUACACCAUAUAUCUGAAACCUAGUCAUCCUGAGUUUGGCUAAUACCAAAUAUUUUGAAUUUUAAGGGUGCUAUGUUGGAUCAUAUUUGUGUUUUGGGGAAAACAAACUUUUUUCUUCUUACUGACAAAUGUCCCGCAAUUAUAGAAUGACCCAUAUACUACUGAAGUUACAUCAGGGUGUUGCAUAUAUAUGGAAGGGGGCCAGUGAGGAAGAAGAAAGAGGAGCAAAGUACCAGAGUGAGAAGCUGAAGUGCAAAACCAAACCAAUUACUGAAGGCAAGGAGCCAGAGGACUUUUUGAAGGCUCUGGGUGGAAAGACAGAGUAUCAGACUUCUGAGUUAUUGGAGAGUAAGAAUAUAGCUCAACCUCCUUGACUGUUUGCUUGUUCCAACAAAACUGGAUGGUUCACUAUUGAAGAGGUACCUGGUGAGUUUAACCAAGAUGACCUGGCAGAGGAUGAAGUCAUGUUACUGGAUGUCUGGGAUCAGGAUGGUGUUUCCCAUAUCAGUGUGCUGAUGACCUCUAAUCUAAUCUCUUAAGUAUUUGUGUGGAUUGGAAAGAAUGCCAAUGAGGUGGAGAGGACUGAGACUGUAAAAUCUGGUUAUAGCAGCAGCUUCUCAAGGGAAUGAGAGAAGCCUUGUAAAUAUUUGGUGAAGCAUCAGCAGUAGCAGCGACGACACCUGGUCUCCCGAGUCUCUGGCUUCGCUUUCAUCCCUUUCAGAGGGGCAGAACAAGAUGGGGAAUGGAUUAUCAGAGCCCCAUGCCAUCUUCCCCUGCCUGCCAUCCUUUCAGGCCCUGCACAUUGUUAUUCUUGGGUUGGACUGUGCUGGUAAGACCACCGUAUUGUACCGGCUGCGCUUCAAUGAGUUUGUGAACACCGUUCCCACCAAGGGCUUUAACACGGAAAAGAUCAAGGUGACGCUGGGUGGGAAAGGCCGGACUGCGACCUUCCAUUUCUGGGACGUCGGGGGUCAGGAAAAGCUCCGGCCACUGUGGCGGUCCUAUACGCGGUGUGCGGAUGGCCUUGUGUUUGUUGUGGACUCCGUGGACACAGAGCGCAUAGAGGAGGCAAAGACAGAGCUGCAUAAGAUCACUCGGCUACAGGAGAACCAGGGGGUGCCCAUGUUGGUCGUGGCCAACAAGCAGGACCUGCGCAAUGCAUUGCCUCUCUGUGAGGUGGAGCAGAUGCUAGCACUGAAUGAACUUGGCUCUCAUACACCUUGGCACCUCCAACCGGCCUGUGCCAUCAUCGGAGAAGGUCUGCAAGAGGGUCUGGAGAGGCUUCACUCCAUGAUUGGCAAGCGGAGAAAGAUGAUGAGGCAGCAGAAGAGGAAAAGAUGACUGUUUGUUGAAUGAAUAUAAGCAGGACGUGAUUGUAGAGAGGUGCCCAUUUUGCCUCUGUGAUGGCUCUGCUGAUGGGCCUUUGUGGUCCUGUGCUCCUGGAAUUAUUGUUUGGGUGGGCUGAGUUUUAUCAGUCAGAUGGGGUUGGAUACAGGACAAUAUUGAUUGACCUCUUUGGUUGAUGGAUUGUAGCAGUGGUGGGACCACGCAGAUUACCACAUGGAACUUUUACAUAAACACAGUGUUGCACAAUGUCAUUGGGACAGUGGUACAUUGAGUUCUCAUGAAGGAUAACACUGGACUUUCAAAUUAACUUGUAAAUGACAAAGAAGAGUUCAUCGUUGUCCUUACAUCUGAAGUUUUACACACACAUCCUAGCAUUUUAAACAACUGGAAAAUCAUGAAAUGGAAGUAUUGUCUACCAAAGCUGCCAUGGACUUAAAUUUUCUGAUCCAAUGUGUACAUUCAGGUGACAUGUCUCUCCCAUUGGUUUAAUCCCAGUUAGCCACCAGUCUUUUUCUCCAAGUGUUUGGUGUCUCGGUGGUCAGGGGAACAAGAAUAAGCUUUAUGGAUCACUUGUUUGGGAAUGCACAAAUGUUUGAUUGAGAUGUCACCGAAAGGGUAUUUCACCCACCACUGGGGCUGUAGUUCAGUGGGUGCCAAUGAAUAUGAUAACUGUCUAUCCUUGAUAAAGUAGUCCUGCAUUAUGUCUGUGCAGUUUGGCUUACUGUUACUCCUUGAAUACUGGACUCAGAUUGUGUGCUUCCCUGAACGACAAGAGAUGUUUAAAUGCACUUUAGCUAUUCCCUUUUCUAGUCUAUGAACUUGCAGCAUCCAUUUUUUUUAAAGAGUUUAUCAUACUACAGAAAAGAAGUGAUGUUUUGCUUCGAAUAAAGUGUUUUUUUGAAAGGUC